AUGACAGUUCAAGCCCCAGGAGCCGUUCUUCUUGCCCCCUCUCCUACUGACUUCGCCAAGUAUGACACCAUGUACUACAUCAAGGGUGCCGCUGCUGGUGGAAUUUGUUGCUCCAUCACCCACGGUGCCUUGACCCCCGUGGAUGUCGUCAAGACCCGUGUCCAACUUGACCCCGUGAAGUACAAUUCUGGCUUGAUCGGAGGAUUCCGCACCAUCAUUGCCGAGGAAGGAGCCAUGGCUUUGACCACCGGUCUUGGAGCCACCGCUGCCGGAUACUUCAUCCAAGGAUGGUUCAAGUUCGGAGGAGUUGAGUACUUCAAGAUCAAGGCCGUCAAAUCGUUGGGUGAGGAAGCAGCCUGGGAAAAGAAGAACCAAAUCUAUAUUGGUGCCGCCGCCGGAGCCGAAUUCAUUGCUGAUCUUUUCCUAUGUCCUCUUGAGGCUGUCCGUAUCCGUUCUGUCUCUGACCCUGAAUUCUGUGAUGGUCUAGCUGACGGUUUCGCCAAGAUGGCCAAGGCUGAGGGUAUUGGCGGUUUCUACGCUGGACUUGGACCCAUUCUUGCCAAGCAAAUUCCAUACACUUGCGCCAAAUUCCUUGUCCAAGGAACUGCCGCCGAUUCCAUCUACGUUUCGAUGGGAAAGACUCCCGCUGAAGUCUCAAGUUCUACAAACCUUGGUAUCUCUCUCCUCUCUGGUGUGAUUGCUGGUGUUGCCUCCGCCAUCAUCUCCCACCCUGCUGAUACCCUUCUCUCUAAGGUGAACAAGAAGGGAGCCGGUGGUGAAGGAUCGAUGGCGUCCCGUCUCAUCAACAUUGCCAAGGAGAUUGGUUUCGUCAAACUCUGCACUGUCGGACUUGUCCCUCGUUGUGUGAUGAUCGGUACAUUGACUGCCGGACAAUUCGGUAUCUUCGAUACCGUGAUGGGAGCACUCGGUGCAUCCAAGUUCCACUUCCACAACCCCAACGCCUAA